AUCAUGGUGUACUUUCUCGUUUUAGUUGUGUAAGGGAGGAAGAGCUAGAUUCAUCUUCCUCUUUAUCUUUUCAAUAAAAGACCGUGCAAGUAGUUCUUGUACAGCAGCGAGAAGGCGAAAGCGAAGAAAUGAUCAGAUGUAAAAGUAGAAAAGAUUUUCAACAUCAGGAAAAGUAAAAUAUUUUCACAACAACAAAUACAAAAAAAAUGUUCGCCCCGCUGUUUUCCUCCCCGGAGAAAAAGAAGAAGAAGCGCAACUCCACAAAUGCUGGUGGUUCCGCCGCUCUCUCCGAGAACAAAAGCAGCGCGAAGCGGCGCGUGUCCAGCACCACCAAGGUUGUCACGUUUCACGACGGGGAGGACGAGAUUCUCACCGGCGCUGCAGACCCGCGUGGUAAGUCAUCGGCGCGCAAACAGGACCGGCUUGUGUCGCCGGAGAAGCAGGUCGUGGAGCCCUCGUCCCGAACGACGAGCGUGUCCCCCUCAAAAGUGGGCCUCACACUGGAGUUCACGAGCGAGGACCAUUCGCCCGCGAAAAACGGGUCUGUGCUGCAGAACCUGAGCAAUAAAAAUGCAGCCAGCACUGCGUCGCACACUGGAAGUAGCGGGUCGACAAGCUCACUCGCACCGCCACCGCUGUGGAGCAACAAGAUCGCGCAGGCACACAGGUUAUGCAGUGCAAAAGCAUCGUAUUCGUAUUGCAAUCAUGCAUUGCAAAUCUUUUUCUUGAGGUAGAUCAGCAUUAACUCAUGCUGAGGAAAUUUGUAAUGCAUUUAUGCGAGUGCGAUACUUUUGCACUGCAUAGAGGUAUAUGACAGCAAGCAGGACGACGGGCAGUGCGGACCUGCAAGCGGAAACCCACACGACGAGGACACUUUCAUCAGAAGAUACAACCAAGCGGCCCCAUGGGGGGGAUGAAACGAGGUCGAGGAAUAUCCUGAGUAAAAACGUCCCCACACCAGAGUCAGGAUGGGGAUUUUGCAACACAAACCUAGGAGUGUUGGGAGUCACGCAUGACAAAUUGCACUCCGCAGUGUAGUGCUGGUUAGCAAGUGCAGCCGCAUCACAGAUUCAUCUGCUCAUCCUGUUCACAGCGUCACAAAUUCCAAAACACGAUUGGAGAUGGCUCUCAUGGGGAUGCGCAUUACAAGUCUUCCUGUCUUUGCAAAUCUGCAUUACAACUCUGGCGUGGGUACGUUUUUACUCAGGAUAAGGAACAGUAAGUUCCGUCAGCACUUCGAUGUGCAGCAGGAAGCGCUGGCGUUGAUCAAGAGCCUCGACGAAGAGGACGACGACCACGUCAUGGCGGAUGCCGGGGGACUAUCAACCGCAAAUACGUCUGGGUCUAGAAGAUUGCCAGAUUUGUCAUGCUAGUCCGGUAUGACUCUGCACUCUGUAUUGCGUAGGGCCAUCGGAAAAGCCUCUCUCGCCUGUCAUGCAAAAAAAAACGCAGUUUCUACUCAUGCGGAAUGCGCAGCACAGAAUCACGAAAAAACUUGUCAUGCUUGGCUGCGCGUUACGGUUCACUUAUUAUUCACUGACCUGCAUGGAUCUUCACAAGUUUCCAGACCCAGACAUAUUUGCAUUUGAUAGGGGCCAAGAAGCUCUUACCAGAGUCACGGAUUCGGCGGCGGCGCCACAGCCUCUACCGGCGGUCUGCACAUUGUGGAAGGCGUGCAUCGGUCGCCCAAGGCCUUAUCGAAUGCAAAAAUGUCUGGGUCUGGAAGAUUGCGAGAUUUGUCAUGCUGAUCUGGCAUGGCCCUUAAAUCUGUAUUGCGUGGCCACAAACAGCCUCUCUCGCCUGUCAUGCGAUAACGCAGUUUCUCAUGCGGAAUACGCAGCACAGAAGCACGAAGCAACUUGUCAUGCUUGGCGGCGCAUUACAGUGCAUUUGUUAUUGACUGACUUGCAUCACAAGUUUCCAGACCCAGACACUUUUGCAUUUGAUAGGCCUCCACGCGCGACGAAAGUAGCCGGGAAGGGGGCGCGCGGGGUGCCGGCGCGCUUGCCGGGUUGGCACAGCAGGGUGCAGUGGAUCGUGAUGAUCCGUCGCUCGGGGGCAAGGAGAAGAUAAAACGACAACAGUCGACGGACCGCAUGUUGCGGCAAGCCGAGGGAAAGCGGUUCAUGUAUGGGGUUCUCAAACGCUACAUUCUCAACUGUUACAUGAAUUUGUCAUGCAAAAGCACCAUCAUCAUCCACGCGAUCAAGCUGCUUCGCAUGACAAAUCUGCGUAGGGCUAAAUAGCACCUAAAUCUGUGCGGAAUUUGUAAUGCUACAGGCACAAUCACCCCCCUUUCACUUUUCCCAUUUGCAUCACAAAUCCAUGCUACAGUUGAGAAUGUAACAGUUGAGAACGCCAUAGCACGAAGAACAACCGUAAGAGCGGGGGCGUCGUGGAGGUGGGAGCCAGUUUAUGAGAGUGCGCAACUUCGUCUCCUCCUCGUUUUCAUUUCCCAUGCAAAACACCAAUGGCACACUUCCGCUUUCGCUCCUGUCGCUACUUAUUAUGCAUGACAGGGUCUGGUAGCUUAAAUCGCACUAAGUACUCCAGUGCAAAUGAUUUGUCAUGCAAAACCGGCAUUCUUGCUAGAUACUUGUAUUGUCGUUCAUGCUAAGGAAAUGAGGGGGAGGGAAAGUUGUGCACUGUCAUACAGUUACACCGGCGGGGACCUGAGUAUCGGACGUAAGGCGGUCGCGCUCGAGGAUCCCAGUAUUGAGAGGAAAAAUCCCCUCUCCCCACAUCGAAAAGGUAUGUUUCCGAAAAUUUGCCUUGCUGAUUUGUGACCACAAAUCACGCCAGUCUUGCAAGAAGACAAAUGCAAAGGGUUCCGCGCCAUUAUGGAAGCGAUUUGGCAUGCUGUUGGGCCUAGGGGGCAGCCGUUUGUAAUGCUAAACAUACAACUAGACCCAAAGCAAACGCCCCUCCCUAGGCUGAGGAUCUGGCUGCCAUGCCGUAUUGCAAGAAGGCGCGCAUUUGUGUGCGGAAAUCCAGCAUCAGAAACUUCGUCGCGAUAUGGGGAGGGGGGAUGUUUCCUUCCGAUACCCAGUCUGCUGCAGUCGGAGGAGAGCAUCGAACUCACGCUAUCCGGAGAAAAAACGUCCCCACACCAGAGUCAAGAUGGGCAAUCUGCUAGACAAAUCAACCAGCUGUGGUUCUUGCUUCGCAUGACGCGUUCUUUGUCCUCAUAGUGUAAUCCUUGUAUAGGUAUCUUUAUCGCAGCAGCAUCACAGAUCUAGCAUAUCAUGCCAAUUCGUUCCAGCAUCACAAAUCCCAAAACACAACUAGAAAACGCUUCUCAUGGGGCUCCGCAUGAGAAACUUUUUCGGCAUGCAGAUUUGCGUGACAGCUCUGGGGUGGGGACGUUUUUACUCAGAAUACACACGACUCCCGGGGGAGGACGAGGAGGAAACGGCGGAAGAGGACCAUAGCCUGUGCAAAAGUAGUCGCUGUCAUGAUGCACUGCAUGCAUUGCAAAGUUCGUUCCCAGGGUAAAUCAGGAUGACAAAGUGCACUUCUCAUGCUGAGGACAUUUGCGAUGCGAGUUCCACCAGUAUAGUCGGAUAGCACUACUUUUGCAAUUCAUACACCAAAACGUCCUGCAGUCGCACGACAAUAGCCCGUCGGACCUGUCCGAUAAGUCGGCGCAAAAGCUGUCGCGUUGUAAAAAUGCUUUUGCUUGAAGAUCAUUUUUUAUUGUGAGGAAAAAUCCCCCCUCCCCAUACCAAAAAACAAAAGGGAUACUUCUGAAAAUUUGUCAUGCUGAUUUGUGACCACGAAUCGUCUCUGUAUUGCUGGAAGGCAAAUCCAGAGACUUCGCCGCGUUUAUUUGCAGGCAAUUUGUAAUGCUGUGUGGCCGACAGAGGGCACGCCUCCACCUGCCUUGCUAGGCGCCUACACCAAAACGCCCCUGCUCCGGCUUUGUAUCUGCCUGCAGUCCUCUACUGCAAGACAGUACACAAAUCCCGCAUGAUUACAGAUUUCCACUUUGAUAUGGGGAGCGGGGAUUUUUCAUUUUGAUACUUCGUUCUCGUAGUUUGAUUUUUAUGUCACGCAGCUGAGAAGGAAUAGCAAUUAGACACAAAGAACUCUACUCUACCGGUAUCGCGAGAAAAAAAAAAUUUUUUUAUGCAUGUGAUAGAGGCUCUUUCAUCGAUUUUGGUUUGUCUUAGCCUGUGCAGAGUGGGACAUCUUUUAGUAUUUCCCGACAAAAUGAUCCCUUUGCUGCUACGAAUACGAAAGUAGGAAGACCAAAAAAUCCAAAACCUGCGAUGUGAUAUUACAGGGCGGCGGUUCCGUAAGUACUUUGAGCAGGUGAAAGUGCCCGGCAAUGUAUGCACUGCAAUUAUGGCUGGGUCUGGAAGAUGGCGAGACUUGUCAUGCUAGUUUGGCGUGGCUCUGAGCUCUGUAUUGCGUGGCCACGAACACCUCCUCUUGUCUGUCAUGCAAAAACGAUGUUUCAUCUCAUGCGAAAUACGCAACACAGAGCCACGAGAAAAUCUGUCAUGCUUGGCGGUGCAUUACAAUGCGCUUUCUGUUCACUGACAUGCAUCACAAGUUUCCAGACAUCAUAUUUGCACUUGAUACAAUGAGGGGGAGGACGACGACGAAAAGCUACCGGGCGACGACGAUUUUCAACAGGCUAUGACAGUGCACAACCCCCCUUGCCCUCAUUUGUGAUGCAAAAACCCAAUUCCAGUUGCUACCUUGUGGCACCGUGUGCAUGACAAAUUCCGGAAAUUAUCCAAACACUACUACACGACUCGGCGCAUGAAGAACCAACUUGUCAUGCACAAGGUCCACCUGUACUGGUGUUUGUAAUGCGGUUGAUGCCAUACAAAUGAGGGGGAAGGGGAGUUCUUGUGCACCCUCAUAGAGGCGUUGCAAGUGUGCAAGAAAAAAACGUUGUUAGUGUAAAUUUGUGAUGCGCAACAUGCAAGAUGAUUACGUCUGUCAUGCUUGGCAUGCAUCGUAGGGUCCAUCAAAGGGCGUUUUCGCAUACUAUCUGCGCAUGACAGGUUUUUGCUGUCAUGCCGGACAAACUUGUAAUGCUGUUCCUCCAAAAAAGUUACACCUACAAUGUUUUUUUCUUGGAUAGCAAGUGUUACAAGACUACUCCCCGCGCGAGUACUUCGAAUCGCGAAAGCGCAAGCUGUAUGGAUUGCAAACGUAUCGUACUCGUAUAAAUGCAUUACAAAUUUCCGCAGCAUGAGAAAUAAAAUUUGUAAUGCUGAUUGACCUUAAGAAAAAUAAUGCAUGAUUGCAAUACGAGUUUGAUGCUUUUGCAUUGCAUAAGCUGCAGUCUGAUGCCACCUGGACGAAGUACUCGCAUGUGAUUCUGAUCUCCGUGAUAUGGAUUGCAAUUACGCCUGGGUCUGGAAGAAUGCAACUUGUGAUGCUGCAUUUGGAUGUCUAGAAAAUUUGUGUUGCAUGAGCAGCAAAUGGAUUCUAAUUUUUGCUACGCGGAGAGGGCAUCUGUCAUGAGGAAUAGGCAUUAGGAAGCCCUCUAAAAAUCUGCGAUGCUAGAUCAUGCAUUAGAGGCAUCAUGGAUCAUACAAAAAAUGCAUGACAAGUCUCAGAACCUUCCAGACCCAGACACUUAUGCAUUUGAUUCGUGAUUCUGUUCUGCAAUUUGCUCUACAUUGGUGUGGACGUCGACUCGGACCGGCCCAGGGCGCCCAGUACCGUCCUAGUCGCGGCUAUCACAGGAAAAAAGUGUUGCAGUUACACACUUGUAUGGAACUUCAGCAUCACAAAGUUGCUCUGCAUGGCAAGGAAAUAUACUUGUGAUGCGCAGACUAUAAGGGAAAACAGGAAUGAAAUGAGGCUGCCUGGCAUUUCCUGAAUGACAGAGGUUGUCUGUCUUGCUUGUGUUGUUACAUCAGAGUGUCUAACUGUAACACUUUUUUCUCACGAUAGCGGCAGGCUCGGAAGAUGAGAAUGAAGAAGACGCUACUUCUACCACAGCCACUUCUGGUGCGGAAAAUGGUGCAGCUAUGCAUUGCAAAUAGGUCUGGGUCUGGGAGGGUACAACUACUUGUCAUGCUAAAUCUGAAUCAUAGAUACAAAAAUCUGUGUUGCGUGAUUACCAAUAAAGCUGUUAACUUUUGAGAAGGCCGAGUGGCAGUUUCUCAUGCGGAAAAGGCAUGGUAAAGAUCUCACAGAAUCUGUGAUGCUAGCGCAUGCAUCACAGACCUCACACGUCAUGAAAAACGUGCAUGACAAACGUUGCACUUUUCCAGACCCAGACAUAGUUGCAUUUGAUAACAACGUCGUCUUCGCGAAUCCGGAUUCUGGUGGAGUCGUUCGAAGCCUACGACUAUCAAAUGCAAAUUAUAUGUCUGUGUCUGGAAGAGGAAGGAUGCAAGUUUGUCAUGCUUGGCCGGUCAUACAGAUAAGUCUGUGAUGCUUUUUGCGCUACAACGGGACUUGUUUGUCAUGCAAAGAGGCCAUUUGUCAUGCGGUUAACGCUAGACAUAGCCACCCAGAAACUUGUCAUGCGCAGCUCCGCAAAAACACAGGUUCCGUCUCAUUCGGACAUUAGCAUGACAACUUUCCACACCCAGACCACAUAUUUGCAAUGCAUAGCGACGAUUUGGAUCAGGAAGUGUUCGAGAACAGUGGUCUCGCGCGGCUGCGUAUGCAACGAAAAAAAUGUUACUAGUAUGAAUAUACACAUUGUGUUGCAGACCAAGCAAGACAGACAGCCUGUCUCAUGCUGGAACGGCUUGUGAGCCUCGUUGCAUACGUGUUUUCCUUUAGGAUCUCUGCAUUGCAAUUUUUCUCUGCAGCAACCAAUGCAGAGCAAGUUUGUGUUGCAGAAGCCACUACAAGAAGUGUGUAACUGUAUUGAAACUCUUUUUUCGUGUGACACUGCACUCCGGCAUGUUCCCUCUCAGCAGCGGCAUUCGGAAACUGUUUGGCCUACCAGAAUCCUCGCUGCCAAUGCUCGGGCAAUCGCAGUGCCGGUCGGCGGGGCCGCAGCUGGAUACCGACCUGCAGACAGCAAGUGGCUCUUGUGCCGAACCGCAAGACCACAGAGGGGACGACGACACCCGGCUGGGCAUUGCGCAACCUGCUUCCGGAGCAGAUGAAAAACCAACAGCGUUGCUGCAUGAUGAUGUUGAACAACCCGCACCAGGUGCAACGAAAAUGCCCAGUAAUCCUUCGGCCUCGAAACGAACAAGAAAUUCUGCACGCAGGGGGCUCGCGUCUGUCCAGCCACGUAUAGAUUUGCUUCGGUUUCUUGAUGUACGUUCGAAUUACAGUGGUGCUAUUAAGCUGCUAAUACUAAAAAGAUUUUUCGAAAUGCUAUUUUUAUACGGAGGGACGACCAGUACCACAGAUGUAGCGGUCUUCUAGCUACUAUUCGUUAGAUGCCAUUAAGAUGCACAUCCAUGACAGCACGCAACUUUUAGUUUUACAAUUACAUCGUGUUGAUAAGUAUUAGAGCUACUACUUCCACCGAGAGUAGAUGUAGAAGUUGAAAAUCCUGGAGAAAAUAAACUUGUACACCAGCAUCGCUUUCGAUGAGCCGUUUGCGGGAUCGGUUUUUCCAGAAACGGCGCGGUGAGGCCUACGACUAUCUUCUCGAGAAAAAACGCCGGCUGGAGGCGAAAAAACAGAAACAGCGACAACUCAUUGCGGCGAGGGCGGGCACUACAGAUCAUUUGCCCCCUAUGGAAGCGUCAGGUUUGAAAUCGACAAAGUUGAAUAUAAUUUGUGAUGCACAAAAUGGAUGCCAGUUGCAACCCAGCUUCCAAGUGGCGCAUGACAAAUUUGGGUAGAGCCGAAAUCCAAUUUGUCACGCUGUUUGGGUAAGGAAGACGCCACUUGUCAUGCUAUUUUAGCAGCUCAGUUUCUCUUUCUACCCCUCAACAGGCUUACAAUCUGCCUCACUUGCCUACUGUGCAAGACAGGCAUUUUCUGCGUUGCAUUUUAUGCAUGACAAUCUAUUUCAACUUUGACGAGAUUUCAAUCCUGGCACUCCCAUACCCCCGGCAGCGUCGACUUUCGAGGUCGUGCAGGAAGUGUACGAGAUAUGAGAGUGCACAAGAACUUGAACUCCCCCUCCCCCUCAGUUGUCAUGCAAAAUGCCAAAUCCACUAAAUAAUUCUGUCGGUUUGCACGAUUCGCAUCACAAGUUUCGGGACCUCCACGCAAGACAGCACCACAGUCUUGUGUGAAUUUUUUUGUCAUGCAAAACGAAAAUAUCCUGCAUGUGCAUUCGAUAUCGAUUCCCGCCGAUGCUUGUAUUGCUGUUCAUGCCGCAGCCGCAGCACAAAUGGAACGACGAGGGGGAGUUGUGCACUCUCAUACGAACCUAGAGUGAUUGCGAAGUUUCUGAAGAAAUUAACGGGGAUGCAGACACUAUGCAAGAAAAAAACAGUGUAAGUGUAUACUUAUUUGAAGGAAUUAUAGCAUGACAAGUUUGCUCUGCAUGACACACAAAACCUAUCAUGCUUAGCUAGUAUCAGUGAAAACACGUACGAGGAAAAGAGCCUCUGAUACAUGUGUCUAGCAUGACAGGUGAUAAGUGUUUUACAUACGUCUGCAACACAAAGUUACACUUACACAGUUUUUUUUCUUGCAUAGACACUGGACACGCGGGACCACUCGCUGUGGAAUCGGGCGGAUUUUUACCGCUAUUGUGAGGAAAAAUCCCCAUACUCAAAGUCGAAACUUGUGAUGCUAAUUUGUGGCCACAAAUCAGCUUUGUCUUGCCUAUAGGCGAAGGGGAGCCGUGAUCCGCGUUCCACAGCCAGUCUGUCAUGCGCUUUCGACUACUGCGAACCCCUGUGCUAUAGCUAAUUGCUAGCUGUGUUCUGCAUACCCAAUGAACAGGCUUCGAAAUAAAUGCCGCCAAGCAUUUUCUGCAACACAAAUCUGAUAAAUUGUGCGCGCAAAUCCAGCAUCAGGAGCUUCCUUCUGAUAUCUCUGGGGACGAGGGGGGAUUUUUUUUUUGAUAGCCGCCGAUCUUUGUACACACCGCACGAGUUCCCCUUGCUCUACUCGGAGGGGCUUUCCGCUACCGCACCCACAACAGAGCUGCAACAAAGGAGGAUGGAGAACGGCAGCGUGGUAAACAGGACCGUAAUAUGCAUUGCAAAUGUAGUGUCUGGGUCUGGAAGGACGCAAGGUUUGUCAUGCUUGUCUAGCAUGACUGAAGAGUUUGUGACGCGUGUCCACGAAGAGACCGUUUUGCUUGUCAUGCAAAAACGCAGUUUGUCACGCGGAAAACGCAACACUAACGCUAAGCAGCGCAGAUGCUUCUCAUGCUUGGCUGUGCAUUACAGAGCAUUCACUAUUCCCUACCCAGCAUUACAAGUUUCCGGACCCAGACAUGAUAUUUGCAGUUGAUAUUUAACGGUACUAACGACGAAAGAGCAGUGGAGCCGGAAAUUGGAAGAGGUGGAAAAAUAUCCUGUGCAAACGGAUCGUACUCGUAUUGCAAUCAUGCAUUUACAAAUCUUUUUCUUAAGGUAAAUCAGCAUUACAUUUUUCCUUUCUCAUGCUGAGGAAAUUUGUAAUGCAUUUAAACGAGUGCGAUGCUUUUGGUUUUGUAAUUCAUAAAAAAAUGAACGGCAUUGGUGUUGCAUCUUCGCUGCCCGCCGAGCCGGUCCUACCCCUUGGUCCUCCUGGAGCUGAAGUACACGCCGCCGCGGUGGAGGAUGAAUAUGCAAAGAAAAAAACAGUGUAAAUGUAACUUUGUGUUGCAGACGUAUGUAAAACACUUAUCACCUGUCAUGCUAGACACAUGCAUCAGAGGCUCUUUUCGUCCGUGUUUUCACUGAUACUAGCUACGCAUGACAGGUUUUCUCUGUCAUGCAGAGCAAUCUUGUGAUGCUGUUUCUCCAAGAAAGUUACACUCACACAGUUUUUUCCUUGGAUAAUGAAGUAGACGAUGGUAGUACCUACUUUGCAAACGAAAACCUGCAGUUCCUCUACGAAAAUUUUCACGCGUAUGGAAGCGUCAGGAUCGAAAUCGACAAAGUCGAAAAAUUUGCAAUGCGUAAAAUGUAGGGCACAUAAGGCCUGUGUAGUUGGGGAGCAGGCAAGUGAGACCGAUUGCAAGCCUGUUUAGGGGAAGACGAUGCGCUGCCAGAAUAGCAUGACAGGAGCAGUCUUCUUCGUCCAAACAGCAUGACAGACUGGAUUUUGGUGCUCCCGAAAUUUGUCAUGCGCCACUCGGAAACUGAGGCUCCAACUAGUAUCGAUUUUAUGCAUCGCAAACUAUUUCGAUUUUGUUGAUUUCGAUUCUGACACCCCCAUAACGCGGCUUGCGAUGCAGUCCGGCACAAGCUGAAUCCCGCGCCGAGACUAUUGAGAGGAAAUAUCCCCCCUCCCCAUAUUGAAAAGGCACGUUUCCAAAAAUUUGUAUUGCGGAUUUGAGGUCGCAAAUCACAUCUGUCCUGCAAGAAGACAAGGGCAGAAGCUUCCGCCCCAUUAUGGAAGCGAUUUGUCAUGCUGUUGGGCCUAAAGGGGGGCCGCUUGCCAUGCUGAACUACUAGACCCAUACGCCCCUACCUAGCCUGGGGAUCUGGCCGCAGUGCCUCUCUGCAAUACAAAGCUGAUUUGUGGCCACAAAUCAGCAUCACAAAUUUCCUUUUUGAUAUGGGGAGGGGGGAUUUUUCAUUUUGAUAGAAACUGUUCUUGCUUUCCGCCGCACAGAGCCGGUUGCUUUUCGAGCAGGAGGUGAUGCGGUACGACGAUAUCGCGAGGAGAAAUCCCCCCUCCCCGUAUUGACGAGGUACGUUUUCGAAAAUUUGUGCUGCUGAUUUGUGACCACAAAGCGUCUCGGUGUUGCAUGAAGGCAACCGCACAGGCUCCGCCGCAUUCUACAGGCGGUUUGUCAUGCUGUUGCUCCUACAGCGUAGACGUCUGCCAUGCCAAGUGUCUACGCUCAAAUCUGUCCACUCAGGCUCGGCAAGGGCCUGUAGUGCUCUCCCGCAAGACAAAUCUGAUUUGUGGACGCAAAUCGAGCGUCAGAGGCUUCGUUUUGAUAUGGGGAGGGGGGGUUUUUCCAGUUGAUAGGCGAAAAGGCGUACGACAUGAAGCACCGACGGAACACGGCGGGCCAUGAGGUCUCCGUGCAAACCGUGCAAACUAUCGUGAACGCGAAGAAAACGCACACGAGGGGAAGGCGCUUGAAGGUCCUGGUGUCCACUUCUGCAUCUUCGGGUGCUAGGAGUCCACCGCGAACGGACGACGAUGUCCUCUCCGCUACUCCCCGGCGUCGCAUUAUGGGAGUGUCAGGAUUGAAAUCGUCAAGGUUGAAAUAGUUUGUGAUGCAUAAAAUGCAACCCACAAAAUGCCUGUCUUGCAGAGUAGGCAAGGGAGGCAGAUUGUAAGCCUUUUUUGAGGGGUAGAAAUAGAGCUGCUGAAGUAGCAUGACAAAAGGCGUCUUCCUUACCCAAGCAGCAUGACAAACUGGAUUUCGGUUCUACCCAAAUUUGUCAUGCGCCACUUGGAAACUGGGUCACAGCUGGCAUCCAUUUGAUGCAUGGCAAAUCAUUUCAACUUUGUCGAUUUCAAACCUGACGCUUCCAUACGCAUUCUGCUGGAGCUCGACGACCGGCCGCCGAUGAUGUGGGUCUGCGAUUUCUUCUUCUACCUGUUUUUCCUCGCGGAGCUGAUUUUCCGCUUGACAAGGCAGCACAACUACUUCAACUUGGAUAUGGCGUUCUCAACUGUUACAUUCUCAACUGUUGCAUGAGUUUGUGAUGCAAGAAUAGCAAAAGUCCAAGAAGGGAGGUCGCACGUGUAGCAUUAGAAAGUCCGCAGAGAGAUAGGCGUUGUGUAGCCAUUUGCAAACUUGUCAUGCAAAGCAGGCAGAACGUGUGGAUGAGAUGAUGGUAGUUCUGCAGGACGCAUUCAUGUAACAGGUGAGAGUGUAACGUUUGAGAGCGCCAUACUGGAGCACUUUCUGUACGACAACUACCUCCCCUUCAUCACGAUCAUUUUGGACACCACGCGGCUCAUAUGAAGAGAGUGCACGACAACUCCCCCCCGUCCACCUCAUUUGUCAUGCAAAGCACCCAAAAAUCCACCCUUUACCUCUUGGCACUGUGUGCAUGACAAGUUCUGGUAGCGGCCCAAGUAGCACUACGCUGCUCCAGUGCAAAUUCGCCAUGCAAAACCGGCAUUUUUGGUGAUGCUUGUUGUAUAAUUUGCAUUCAUGCUUUACGAGGGGGAGGGGGGGUUGUGCAGUGUCAUAGCUCAUCUUUCUCUUCCAAGUGUCGCCGAAAGACAAUCAGCCGACGCCGGACAAGGUGAUCCACACCAUGAUGCUCAUCCGCGUUCUGCGGCUCUGGAAGUACACCCAAGCCGCGCUCUCCGAGUCCCCCCGGUUUCGCCGCUUCGGGUUCGUCCUCGACCGCUUCUAUAUCAAAUGCAAAAGUGUCUGGGUCUGGAAACUUGUGAUGCUGAGUGGCGUAGCAUGAGGAGGCCACAAGUGCUGGCUCAGCAUGACAAGUUCCUGAGCUUCUAGGUGUUCUGCUUAUUCUGCAUGACAAAUUGCGUCUCCGCAUGACAGAAAAAUGCGGCUCUUGGGCAACGUGCAUGACAGAUUUAAGAGUCAUGCCAGACAAGCAUGACAAACAUGCAUUCUUCCAGACCCAGACAUUUUUACAUUUGAUAUUCUACCAGCUGCGUCGGCCGCUCUUGUUCGGUUCCAUUCUGUUCAUAUCAACUGCAAAUAUCCCUCGGAUGUCUGGAAAACAAAUGCGAGGUUUGUCAUGCUAGGCUAGCAGGAUUCUCAAGUCUGUCAUGCGCGUUAGUACCCAAAAGCCCUUUUUUUCUGUGAUGCAGAGUCGCAGUUUGUCAUGCAGAAUCAAUAGGCAACAGCAACACUUAGAAGCUCAGAAGCUUGUCAUGCUGUUGAGCCAUCAUUUGUGGUGCACUCAUGCUACGUCACUGAGCAUUACGAGUUUCCAGACAUCAUCCAGGGAUAUUUGCAUUUGAUAGUUCGUCAUGGCCUGCUACUUCAUGUCCUUUCUGAUCACCUUAUCCCACGAAAAAACUGUUUCACUGUGAUGAUUUUGCAAGAUCUGCAUCACAAGUUUGUUACACAUGACACAGAAAAUUUGCCAUGCGCGCUUUCAAAGGGAAAACCCCGCUAAAGAGUCAAGGUCUUGCAGGUGUAGCAAGCCAAAUAGUUCUGUGUUCCAUUCUAUGCAUCACAAGUUCACAGUGAAACAGUUUUUCCUUGCGAUAUACCUCGCAAGUGAAACAGUCGGUGAUGGAUGGCGAUUACUUUUAUGCACUGCAAAAGCAUCGUACUAUAGUAUGAAUUGCAUUACAAAUUAGGUCAGCAUGAAAAAAUAAAAUUUGUCAUGCGAAAUUACCUAAAAAACCAGAUUUGUCGUGCUGGUCUGGCAUGUAUAGGAGUACGAUACUUUCCCACAGGAUAACUUUGCUUACAUGGCGAAAAUCAACCCCUCGUUUUCCAUUCUGGACUACUUUUUAUCGCAAGAAAAAAGUGUUACAGUUACACAUUGUGUUGCAAGACCGGCAACACAGGCAACCUUUCUCAUGCAGGAAAUGCUUGGGAGCCUCGUUUCCUUCCUGUUUUCCCUUAUAAUUUUCGCAUUACAAGUUUUCUGUGCCACACAGAGAAAAUUUGUGAUGCAGAAACUCCAACAAAUGUGUAACUGUAACACUUUUUUCUGGUCAUACUUUUCCGCGACUUUUUACUCCUUUUUCACCAUAUAUCCCACGAAAAAACUGUUUCACUGAUGUGGUGAUUUAGCAAUAUCUGCAUCACAACACAAGUUUGUUACACACGACGAGACAGAAAACUUGCCAUGCGCGCUUCCCAAGGGAAAAACACGGUUGAAACUCGAAUGUUCUAUGCAGGUGUAGCAAGACAAACACUUUGGCGUUUCGUUUUCUGCAUCACAAGUUCACAGUGAAGCAGUUUUUUCUUGCGAUACCAUCGCGCAGAUGACCUCAUUCGACCGCUGGCUUACGGGCAUCAUCCGCCCGAUGGGUGAAGUAUGGAUUGCAAAUAUGUCUUGGUCUGGAAACUUGUGAUGCAAAUCUGUGAAUCGUGGGCGCACUACAAUAUGCAGCUAAGCAUGACAAGUUUUUGCACGUGCCAUGUGCUUCGUUUUCUGCAUGGCAAAGUGCGUUGUUCCAUGACAGGCAGGAGGUCCCGUUCCUGCUUACGCCUCACAGAUCCAAGAGUUAUGCCAGACAAGCAUGACAAGUCCUGCAUUCUUCCAUACCCAGACAUUUUUGCAAUGCAUAGGAAGUUCAGUUCACAUUGGCGAUUCUGCUCAUGCUUGUGGUUGUGAUUAUUCAGUUUGGCCUAGUGAACAACAUCACCGGGCUGUUCGUCGCCUACGUCAUCAAGUCGGGUGAAGUAUGAACUGCAAUAGUAGAUCUGAUACUCGUACUAAUUCUUGCAGUCAUGCAUUACAAAUCUUUUCCUUCAGGUAAAUCCGCAUUACAAAUUUUAUUUCUCAUGCUGAGAAAAUUUGUAAUGCAUUUACACAAGUAAGUACUACUAUCGGAUACUUUUGCAAUUCAUAAGAAGAACAGCGCGAUCAGAAUCGCUUCGUCCGCGAGGCCAGUAUCAAAUGCAAAAAUGUCUGGGUCUGGAAGAGUGCAAGUUUGCCAUGCUUGUCUGGCACGACUCGCGAAUCUGUGUUGCAUAGGCACGAAAAAGGAGCGGCCCUCUUUUUACCUGUCAUGCAAAAAUGCAGUUUGCCAUGCGGAAUACGGAAGACAUAGCAGCCAAAAAAUUUGUCAUGCAUAGCUGCGUAUUGCAGUGCGUCUAUCCUUCACCUUUAGCAUUACAAGUUUCCAGACCCAGACAUGUUUGCAGUCCAUAGCCAGGAGGCAGGCCCGAUUGAAGCUGAAGGCGAUGACGCGGAUGCGCGAACUAAUCGACGCAGUGUCCGUUCCGGCGGUGGUAUCAAAUGCAAAUGUAAUCGUCCCUGGAGGUCUGGAACUGGAUGGGUGCAGCUUGUAAUGCAUCGUCCCCCAGAUUUUUGUCCAAAAAUUUUAUAAAAUCUGUUUUGCGGGGGGUAGCACAAGAUCCUGUUCUAAAACACGGCUUUUUCUCAAAACGGCAUAUGUAGUUCUGGACGAAAGCCCGAACUAAAAAAGGUAACAAGCUGUCAUGCUACAUUACCCUGCAUUCCAACAUGACAAACUUAAACUUGUGCACUCCUCCACCCGGCGUCCAGGGAUGUUUAUUGCAGUUGAUAGGUCGAGGUGUGCCGCAAAGAGGGGAAGUACUUUAGCUUCCGCCCCGUGCUACCUGCGGACUUCAACCAGGACGCCCUCAAGCAGGAGGGCUAUGAAUUGCAAAUAUGUCUGGGUCUGGAAACUUGUGAUGCUGGUUGGCGAAUGAUUAGGGUGCCGCAAUUGCCGUUCCAGCAUGACAAGUUUCUGAGGUGGUCGGUGUAGUCUAUCCUGCAUGACAAACUGCGUUUCCGCAUGACAGAAAAUUGACGCUCUUGGGUAACGUGCAUGACAGACUUGAGAGUCAUGCUAGUCGAGCAUAACAAGUCUUGCAUUCUUCCUGACCCAGACACUUUUGCAAUCCAUAAGGGCGGGGGGCAAACGAUCGAGGACGUUACCCGCACGAUUGUGAAUCCCAAUACGGUAUCCAGUGUAAAAACGGGGCCCACGUCCCGUAGUCGAAAUGGGAAAUCGGCUAGACAAAUCAACAAGCUUUGGCUGUUGUGCAUGACAUCAAGUUUGGCCUCGUAGUGAAGUCGAUCCUGUUUCUACUUAGCUAGUUUCGCAGCAUCACACACAGAGCUACUAGCAUAUAAUCACGCUGCUUCGACGAGCAUCACAAAUUCAAAAACACGACUACAGAGAAUGCUUUUCAUGGGGCUCCGCAUGAGAAGCAUGCUUAAUACCAUGCAGAUUUGCACGCCAAAUAUGGGGUCGUGGGGACGUUUUUACAUAGGAUACACGGGCGAGGAGGAGACGGUCGUGGUGAAAAAUUACGGGCAGCGCAUGUUGCUGCAGAGAGAAGACUUGGAACAUGUAAUUCACUACGUUGAGCCCCCGGUUAUCAAAUGCAAAUAUCCCUGGAUGUGGUCUGGAAACUUGUAAUGCUGAUUUGUGAAUAGUGAAUUCUCUGUAAUUAUGCACAGCCAAGCAUGAGAAAUAUUUGCGCGGUUUCAUCGUGUUCGUGUGUUUGCGCUGUCCGCAUGACAAUAGCUGCGUUUUGAUGCUCAUGACAAGCAAGAGGGUCGUCUCUUCUUGGACACGCAUCACAAACUCUCCAGUCAUGCCAGAUCGAUAUUUGCAAUGCAUACCGGUUAUGAAAUGCAAAAGCAUCGCACUAGUAUAAUCGCAUGACAAAUUUGCUCAGUAUUACAAAUGAAAUUUGUAAUGCUGUUUUACCUUUAGGAAAGGGAUUUGUCAUGCACAAAUGCGAUUACUACGAGUACGAUUCUUUUGCACAGCAUACCGGUGCCCUCCAGUCAACUGCAAACGGUGACUAUCCAAGAAAAAAAGAUUGUACGUGUAACUUUAUUGCUGGAGGAUCAGCAUUACAAAUAGAAAUAUUUCUGGCAUGACAGCAAAAACCUGUCAUGCGCAGAUAGAACGUGAAAGCGCCCUUGAAUGGACCCUAGAAUGCAUCCCUACUAGCAUGACAGACGCAAUCAUCUUGCAAGCUGCCCAUCACAAAUUUACACUAACAGCGUUUUUAUCUUGGAUAGAGACGCGGGCCUCGUUUCUCAGCUUCCGCAACCGGGGCAAGGGGCAUAUGGGGCUCUCAACCGUUACAUUCUCAACUGUUACAUGAAUUUGUCAUGCAAAAUUCCCAUGCUUUGCCAGAGGAUUAAGGUGCUUCGCAUGACAAAUUCUCGAAAGCAGGUCAAACAGCAUCUAAAUCUGUUGCAAAUUUGUGAUGCGAGACUCGCAAGCUUGCCCCUUUCCAUAUUGCUGCGCUGGCAUCGCAAAUUCGUGUAACAGUUGAGAAUGUAACGUUUGAGAACGCCAUAGGGCAGGAACAAAUGCCCGAGCCGCCAGAGCCAAAGUAUGAGGGUUCGUUGUUUUUGGUUUAAAUUUGAGAAAAAAAGAUAAUAUCGUGAAGCAUCCAGCACCAGCAUGCACAUGCAAUUGCAAAUUUCGUAUCAAAAAAAAUUCUGGAGAGGGCAGAGCCACAGAAUAAAUUCAAUGUGGUGCAUCAUGAUCAUGAUUGCUUUUGCUAAAUAAUAAAAUAGACCAUCGAAAUAGAACAAAAAAAAACCCGCCGCAGGAUGAGCUGGAAAGAAGCCCAGAAAGCUAUCAAAGUGAAAAAAGCCGCUAUCCCAUACUCAAAAGAAAAUUUGUGUUGCUGGACUUGUGUACAUAAAUGAGCUUUGUAUUGCAGCAAGAGCUUGACUUGUGCUUGUCGGCAUAUUCUAAGCCCGUUUGGAUAGUACGCACCCGUCUAGCAGCUGAGCAUGAGAAACAAGUCCGACAGAGGCGAAAACACAACAUGACAGACUGGCUGUACAAUGUGCCACAUGGCUGCAGCCGUUGCCUUGUACGCAAGACAAAGCUGAUUUUUUUAUGGUCACAAAUCAGCGUCACAAAUUUCCUUUUCGACAUGGGGACGAGGGGCGAUUUUUCCUCACAAUAAAGGCCAUCGGUCUGCGAACCGACGAGGUGCUCGACUGCUACGACUGCCUCCUUAUGGAUUGCAAAAGUAUUGUACUCGUAUAAAUGCAUUACAAAUUUACUCAGCAUGAGAAAUCAAAUCUGUAAUGCUGAUUUACCUUAAGAAACAGAUUUGCAAUGCAUGAUUGCAAUACGAGUGCGAUGCUUUUGCAUUGCAUACUCCUGGAGGCGGACACGAACUGUCACGGGUAUCAACUACAAAUAUCCCUGGAUGUCUGGAAGAAUGCACCUUGUGAUGCUAUUUUUGGAUUCUAAAAAAAUUUGUGUUGCAUGACAAGCAAUAGGAGUCCUGUCCAGUUCUUUUUGCCACGUGGAGAGGGUAUUUCUCAUGCAGGAUAGCAGGUAUCAAGAAGCACUCAGAAAUAAAUCUGUGAUGCUAGGGCAUACAUCACAGCCGUCAUGGGUCAUGUCAGGUGUGCAUGACAAACCUUCCAGGAUCCCCAGACACAUUUGCAUCUGAUAACGGGUUCGGCGUUACCACUGACGCCUUCAUGGGUGCGCUGCUAUCCUACGCGGGAGUUUUGUCUGCGCGAGAUCUGUUUUCAAUCGGGUGCACGAUGCGCAAGGCGACGCCAAAGAUCAUUAACAUCGAGGAGUCCUGCAACUUAGCCAUCACGCAUAUGGAAGUGUCAGAAUCGAAAGCGACAAAAUCGAAAAAUUUGUGAUGCACAAAAUCGAUGGCAGUUGGAGCCUCAGUCUCCAAGUGGCGCAUGACAAAUUUCGGGAGUACCCGAAUCCAGUCUGUCAUGCUGUUUGCCCAAGUAAGAUUCCUCCUGUAGUGCUACUCUGGCAGCACAUUGUAUACCCCUAAACAGGCUCACAAUCGGCCUCAUUUGCCUGCUCCCCAAUACAGGCCUUCAGUGCCCUACCUUUUAUGCAUCGCAAAAUUUUCGAUUUUGCCGAUUUCGAUCCUGACACAUCCAUAACGCAGUGCGAAUUUAUCGCGAUCGCGACCGAAAGAAUUCAUGCGCUGCUGUUCGAGCUCUACCAGGCAAAGGGAGCGCCGCCACCGGGGACCAUGAAGCGCGUCACGAGCCACUAUCAAAAGGAAAAAUCCCCCCUCCCCAUAUCGAAGCGGUAUGAUUCCGAAAAUUUGUGUUGCUGAUUUGAGACCACAAAUCACGUCUGUCUUGCAAGAAGACAAGUGCAGAGGCUUCCGCGCCAAUAUGAAAGCGAUUUGGCAUGCUGUUGGGCAUAGGGGGUAGCCGUUUGUAAUGCUAAACAACUAGACCCAAACGCUCCUGCCUAGGCUGAGGAUCUGGCUGCGAUGCCUUACUGCAAGACAGCGCGCAUUCGUGCACGGAAAUCCAGCAUCAGAAACUUUGUCUCGAUGUGGGGAGGGGGGAUUUUUCCUUGCGAUAGCCACAACAAGACGCGGCCGAACUACCCACGCCCCUACCCGUAUGGACCUGUCAGGAUUGAAAUUGACAAAGUUCAAAAAUUUGUGAUGCAUAAAACCGAUACCAUUCGGAAGCCCAAUUUCCAAGCGGCGCAUGACAAAUAUCGACGUCAGCGAAAUCCAGGUUGUCAUGCUGCUUAGCGAAAGAAGGCAUCCUUUGCCAUACUACUUUACCAGCUCUAUCACAAUUAUCCCGAAACAGGCUCACGAUCGGCCUCACUUGCAAUCCCUGCAAGACAGUUACUUCGUGCCUUGCAUUUUAUGCAUCACAGAUUAUUUCAACUUGUCGAUUUCAAUCCUGACACACCCAUAACCCGCCAGUCUUGGAGCCACCAAGGGGGGUUUUGUCAGUCGGUAAUAUUUCCAUAUUGUUGUGCAGAAGUACCGAACAUUCAAUUUCAAUCAUCUUCUGCGAAAGUUGGUCUGUCAUGCGGACUCAGUGCAAUGGACUACAUGAACUUAUGUGAUUCAUCAUGAAACGCACUCAACACUCUCAGGCGUGCGUGUCAAAGAUGCCGAAGAAGCAGCGAACCGUAUUACACUGAAAAGUGCCCCCAGGAGGAGCCCUGAAUUUGCAAAAGUUUCUGAUGCAAAGUUUCAUCCAUAGUGGAAACUUUUUGUCUUGCACGAGAGGGCAGCUAUCAUUCUUUCUGAUGCAGCAGUAGAUGCGGAACCUUCUAGGCGCCGCGUAUGAAAGCAUCUUUUGAAUAGCAGGGCCGGCCCUUGCUGGGCCCUUUAUUCGCAACACAUAUUUUUGCUGAUCAGCAUUGCAAAUCUGUCUUGCUGGUACACGCAAUAUGGGAAAUGUUUUCAUUGAAAAGUUUUGCAACACAAAUGCUGCCUGGAGGGGGCAGUUUUCAAUGUGAUAGACCGAAGAAAACGGCAAAUGGAGGAGGAAGAGGAAGCCAUGAAACUUAUCAAAUGGGAAAAUCCCCCCUCCCCAUAUCGAAAACGAAAUUUGUGAUGCUGUAUUUGACGUACGCAAGUCGACUUGUAUUGCUAGAAGGCCAACAAGAAGAUCCGCAGUUGUGGCCUCGUUUGGUGCAGACAAGUUGCCAUGCUGUUUUCCAUUUCCAGCUGCCUCCUGUUAUGCUGAAGAUGCAAGGCUUUCCCACUCCACCCAGCACUACAGUUGUCCGCAUCUCUUCGCCCCUUCUAGCAUGACAAAGCUGAUUUGUGGCCACAAAUCUGCAGCACAGAUUUAUUCCGUUUUGAUAUGGGGAGCGGGGAUUUUUCCUCACAAUAAAACUCGGAAAAACCACCUGGCAUUUUGGCAUGCCGGUCGGCCACAGUCGCGACCACUUAUCACAAGAAAAAACUGUUUCACUGUGAACUUGUGAUGCAUAGAAUGGAGCACAGAACGAUUUGUCUUGCUACACCUGCAAGACAUUGGAUUUUUAGGCGUGUUUUCCCUUGGGAAGAAUUUUCUGUAUCAUGUGUAGCAAACUUGUGAUGCAGUUCUUGCAAAACCAUCACAGUGAAACAGUUUUUUUGUGGGAUACCAUUACUACCCUAUGCAUUGCAAAAGUCUCGCACUCGUUUUGAUGGCGGUCAUGCAUUACUUAGCAUGACAGAUGCAGAUCUACUAUCUUCUUUGUACGUUGACCAGCAUUACAAACUCCCUUUUCCAUGUUGGUCAACAUCAAACUUGUGAUGCGAUUUCUACUAGUACGAUCCUUUUGCAGUGGAUAUACCCGGAUCGUUUUCGCCGCGGUUCCGACGAAUCCAGCGAAGACUCAAGCGACUUUUAGACUAGUAUUGCAAGAAAAUAAAACUGUUUCACUGUAAACUUGUAAUGCAGAAACUGUAUCUGAGAAGUGUUUGUCUUGCGUACACAUGCAAGACAAUGGAUUUUUAGUCGUCGUUUCCCUUAGGAAUCUCGCAUGGUAAAUUUUCUCUGUGAUGUAGGACAAUAAACUUGUGAUGUAAAACUUGCAAAAUCCUUACAGUGAAACACUUUUUUCGUACGAUAACUAGUUUCGGUCGUUUGUUGUAUUGCGGAAUAAAAAAUCGCAGGACGUUAUCAGCUAUCCUGUGCAAAAGUAUCGUACUCGUAGUAGUUGCAGUCAUGCAUUACAAAUCUCGUUCUCAAGGCAAAUCAGCAUGACAAACUGGAUUUGUCAUGCUGAGGAAAUUUGUAUUGCAAUUCAUACUAGUACGAUGCUUUUGCAUUUCAUAUUAGCCUCGCGAACAAAGGCAAUCACAUUCACGUUCACAGGACACAACUUAUUGUCCGCAAAAAGAAUCUAACUAACUACAUUAGCCCACAGGGUGAGCAGCGGCCAGUACUAGCUGUACUAGCUUUUCCACAUGUUGGCGAUCUUCCAGAUUCACUGUUUAUUUCGCAAUUGUUUGAAUUAAAUACGUUUCACAGCAAAAAAACUUGUGUAUGAUUUGAAGAUUAGUCGCAGAAGUCGUGAGUAUCAUGAAUAAAGCGAUAUUAUGGUUUGAGAAACAAGUAAUCUUAUCAGCAAAAAUGUUGUUGUACUUUACUGUCGAUGAUGAAAAAUGUACUACAUUGAAUGCAGAAUGAAAGACCUGCACUAUCCCCGAUAGUACUGCUUAAUAUCAUUUGUUUAACCGUUUCCAAGAAUUAUGUCGCGGUAGUUAUUUGUACAGAUGAAACAGAUAGUACUAGUAGUUUGCACCGCUGUUGCAUCAGAAGCGUCCACCUACAGGCGCAGGUGCCUCAAUCUAUGUAUGGGUUGAAGAAGCACAACUUCCACCACGCAAAUGUAUCAUUGUAGAGAUGAACCAGACGAAACAAGUUUGUGUUUGAGGACUGAAAAGAAAUGAAACUGUAAAAAUUAAGAUUGAAAAUAUCAAACAAGACGCAGGACGGGUUUCUUUCUUGGUACCGCCGACGUAGUUGUACUACCCGUUUUGUCUAGAAGAGGCUUAAUAUCGUCCACCUCCUUUGUACUUGCAGCCCUCCACCUUGGCGUCGUGUUUUAUUUGAG